AUGGCCGGUUUCAUGACCGUUCUCACGAUGUGCGCCAUCAUCCAAACGCUCUUUUUCAAACACCAAAAACUCCUGCCCGUUAACAGUAAAUGGAGGUUCUCCAAAACGGGUUGGAUGAUAUACAUCGCUGGUUUAUACAUUUCGAUGGAGGCCCUCCUCUGCUGGGCAAUCGGCCAUAUUCCACUGCAGGACGGUUUUGAUGCACCGGCUAUGCAGAUUUUGGUCAAGAAAUACCCUUGCCUGGCCUAUGUUCGAGACGAGCCAGCAAUUUACGCUGCGGACAUGAGCGGGAAUGAG